GCUGUACACGUAAACCCCUACGCCGAAGCCGAAGAAACUCUCCUCCCUCCUCUCGCGGCUGUUCGUGUCUUUCGCCAGACUCGUUGCGCCUCGCCGCCGGCGACCUCACCGCCAAGCCGAGGCCUCCCUCUUUCAACGGGAGUUCUCUCCUCUAUGCAGGCGUAGCUGCCGUCCUCUUCGAACUCUGUUUCGCUGGACUUGCGUUGCGUGGAUCCAUCCGGACCUGGAUUAAUUCGUUCCUCUGUUGUUGUUGGUGAACAAUCAUGGGGAAGUUUAUGCAUGACAGUCCACUGGUAUCUCAUAGUGAAGUAAACAGGCGUCACUACAAUCUUGCAGCCGUUGCUGUUGGCUUGGGACUAGGAGUUGCUGGCUUGUGCAAGGCAUUGCAUAGUGGUUUGUCCAUACCAUGGGUUUCUCCGAGGAAUUUAUUUUUGGGAUCAGGGAGAGUAUACUAUGUUGGAGGUCUACGAAAUCUUGGCAACAAUUGCUUUCUUAAUGUCAUCCUGCAGGCACUUGCCAGCUGUGAUAGUUUUGUUUCCUUUCUAGAUAAUUUGCUUGCAACUGAUGGCUUACUACCUGAAGAAAAGGUCGAAAGAAUGCCUCUUCUUCUUGCUCUAAGUUCUCUCUUGGAAGACUUGAGCACAGUUCGAGAUGAAAGAAUUGUGUUGAAUCCACAAGGAGUAAUGCAUGCUUUGAGUUUCUAUGUUAGUCACUUCAAUUUGACCAGACAGCAGGAUGCUUCGGAAGCUUUUCUUCAUCUUUUGAUCUCACUGCGGGACGAAUUUUCCCAUUGUUAUGUACCACAUAGGAGUUCUCUGGCAGACAUCACUCUGUCUCACUCUAAAGUAUAUAGGCAAAGGGAAGGUAACGAGCCUGAAUGCAAGCGCUGGAAACAAAAUCUAUUUGGCCCCUUUGAUGGGACAAUUGGCAGCAUAUUGUCAUGCAGAAACUGUUCAUCUGUGCUAUCGUUGGACUUCCAGAAUUUCCAAUGCCUGCCUCUCUCACCAGUGCUUAAUACAGAUGGAGAUGUUACCAAUGGGUGUAGUUUGGUGGAUUGCCUAAAGUACUUCACUGUGGUGGAGCAUCUUGACAAUUAUCGCUGUGAUCGGUGUUGGCAUAUUACUGCUGCCAAGUAUCUAUCUCUUAAAUCAGAAGCUGAUGAGGAAAAAGUUACCAAACUUAACACCUGUGUCGACUCUGGCACUUGCAGUUGCAGGGGUAUGUUCCCCCCAGAGGAAAUACCAUGUUCAUCAUCUUCACGAGCAACAAAGCAGUUGAUUAUCAGUCAAUGUCCGAAGAUUUUGUGCAUUCAUUUACUACGUGCUUCAGUCAGAUUUGAUGGUGAGCCCAUCAAACAUAAGGGACAUAUUUCUUUUCCUUUACUUCUCAAUCUAUCCCCAUUUGCGGGAGGUGCAUCAAGCACUGGGCUGGGGCCUGGACCUUUGGCAGUGAACAUGCAAAGAGAUGGCCAGCAAGCCCUCCAUCUAUAUCGACAACUGAAUAUGCAGAUAAGCCUAAAUGCAAAUGUUGAUGUGGCCAGUAGUUCAUCAUCAUCACCACAGCAGUCACCAUCAUCAAGGAGCAAGUUAUAUGGUCUUUCAGCUGUCGUGGAGCACUACGGGAAAUGUGGAGGAGGGCACUAUGCCGUUUACAGGAGAGUCGCAUCAAAUCCUGAUCAUGAUGAUCCAGGGCAACCUCUUGCAGGUCUAGCCAAGCGGUGGUUUUACAUUUCAGAUGGUCAUGUAUCAGAAGUUUCAGAGGAUGAUGUUUUGGCUGCGGAGGCCACCCUCCUUUUCUAUGAAAGAUUGUAGCAGCUUAUUGAGUUGCGAACAUACUCAUCUUACAAAAUUUAGAGCUAUUUGUCAUCAAGAGUUGAUGCUUUUUUUUUUCACUCAAACGAGAGAAUAAAAAUUAGGCUUUCAUUGUAAGCAAGCAAUCCACAGAUUGCGUGAAUUUUGUUCCAGUGGUGAUAAAACCUGUGAAUCAAUCGAGUUAACCUUUGUUUCA